CUGCCACUGCGCCUAGCCUAGUGCUGAGGCUCCGGCCCUCGACCGCCACCCUGGGACCCGGGGGCUGCGAUGAGCCCCUGCGGGCGGGCCCGGCGACACACGUCCAGAGGGGCCAUGGCCGUCCUGGCGUGGAAGUUCCCGCGGACCCGGCUGCCCGUGGGAGCCAGUGCCCUCUGCGUCGUGGUCCUCUGUUGGCUCUACAUCUUCCCCGUCUACCGACUGCCCAACGAGAAAGAGAUUGUGCAGGGGGUGCUGCAACAGGGCACGGCGUGGAGGAGGAACCAGACGGCGGCCCGAGUCUUCAGGAAACAGAUGGAAGACUGCUGUGACCCCGCCCAUCUCUUUGCUAUGACUAAAAUGAAUUCCCCCAUGGGGAAGAGCAUGUGGUACGAUGGGGAGUUUUUAUACUCAUUCACCAUUGACAAUUCAACUUAUUCUCUCUUCCCCCAGGCAACCCCAUUCCAGCUGCCUUUGAAGAAAUGCGCGGUGGUGGGAAAUGGUGGGAUUCUGAAGAAGAGUGACUGUGGCCGUCAAAUAGAUGAAGCAAAUUUUGUCAUGCGAUGCAAUCUUCCUCCUUUGUCAAGUGAAUACACUAAGGAUGUUGGAUCCAAAAGUCAUUUAGUGACGGCUAACCCCAGCAUAAUUCGGCAAAGGUUUCAGAACCUGCUGUGGUCCAGAAAGACGUUUGUGGACCACAUGAAAGUGUAUAACCACAGUUACAUCUAUAUGCCUGCCUUUUCUAUGAAGACGGGAACAGAGCCAUCCCUCCGGGUUUAUUACACACUGUCAGAUGUUGGUGCCAAUCAAACAGUGCUCUUUGCCAACCCCAACUUUCUGCGUAGCAUUGGGAAGUUCUGGAAAAGUAGGGGAAUUCAUGCCAAGCGCCUGUCCACAGGACUCUUUCUGGUGAGCGCGGCCCUGGGCCUCUGUGAAGAGGUGGCCAUCUAUGGCUUCUGGCCCUUCUCUGUGAAUAUGCAUGAACAACCCAUCAGCCACCACUACUAUGAUAAUGUCCUGCCCUUUUCUGGCUUCCAUGCCAUGCCGGAGGAAUUUCUCCAACUCUGGUAUCUUCAUAAAAUUGGUGCACUGAGGAUGCAGUUAGACCCAUGUGAGGACACUUCACUCCCACCCACUUCCUAGGGACUGUGGGAAAAGAAAGGACUGAGCCAGGGUAUUUUUGCUAGGUUUUCUACGUGACUCCAAAAGGGAAUGGUCAGGUCGUUUCAUGGAUUUGCGCGGGCCACUUGGAAAAAACGACAACAAAAACUCAAGGGGACCUCUACUUUUACUGUUGGCUGGAAGGACAAAAAAAGAAGUGAAAUGUCCUAUGAAAUCUUUUAUAGCACAUGGUGGUUGUGCAACUAGUAACAUGCUGAUGAAAUGAUGUUGGUAAAGCACAUUUUCAUGGUUCAAAUAGAGAUGGUACAGUUCACAAACAAGACAAAACUCUAGUUGUUGAAGCCGAGGAAUUAAUCAAGGUAUAGUAAAUGAAAUGCCAGGGUAAAAGUGUUAGUGAUUAUCAACAUGAACUGGCUUAAUUAAAAAAAAACUAUCUUAUUAUGACUAAUAUUAGAACUAUAGGUUUUUAAAAAAAUUAUUAUUUAUUUUUGCCUUAUUUAAGGGCGGUGAGUAGGUGAUGGGGUAGAUUUUAAAAAUCCCUUACUGAAUAAUAUGGAUCCAAAAUGCUACAGCUGAUUAUUGUGAUUUGUUGAACCAAGUCUGUGUUAACUAGAGUUCCUUUCCCUUCCAUUAAAAAAAUGUUAAAUAAGAAUGACCUCCUCCCCUUUUGUCAGGUCUACUUAGACAAUGUGAAGCAUUGUUGAAUUUAGUCUGGGUUGAUUCAUUGUCAGGAUGAAGAGCCACUUUCCCUCCUCAGAAUUUAGGGCAUUAACUCAAUUUUAGGUGUGCUUUAUGUAACCUGUUUGCAUUAUUAUUAUUUUAGUGCAAAAAACUGCAAAUGUGAGUGCAUUAUUUAUUUGCAAAUUGCCAGAAUUGUCUUCAUAAUUUAAUGUUUGGAGAUGAAGUAAAGCACAAUGACGUAAAGCUUAGUCUCUGGAAGAUAGAUUGGAAGGCAUAUCCUUUUCUAUCUACCAUGGUAUGUUCCCUCCAAGAUAAAGAAUGUGGAUGCACACAUAAAAGAAUGCAUAUAUUUGUGUACCCUCAUACAUAGUUUCACACACACACACUGUUAAACAAAGCUCAUUCCUGUGUGAUUAUGAAAGCUGAACCCACAUGACCUGGGAUGGCAAAAAUCUGUAACUGGUAUUGGAGAGCUACAAAUGCAUUAUGUACUACCUACUACACUUUGAUAUGAGAGAAGCCAGCUUACUGCAUGCUGCUGUAAUGCUCAAACCAGUAUGAGAUGCAAGGCUUACCCUCAGAUCACUCCAAAUGAGCAGAACUGGGUUAGUCAAUGUGACUCUUCCCAACAUCUCAUGAGUAAGUCCUGUGUUAAGCGUGGUCAUCAAGGCAUGGUUCACACCAGUAAAGGGAUGUGAAUUAGUAGCUGUUUAUUCCCUUAGUAACAGGUAGGACUGCUUAGAAGGCUUGUUACCUCAGCUUCGACACAACUGCACGCAAACUCUGUUGACAGAUUACAAGCAGUCAGAUGUGUUUACGUGUAAGAGAAAGGUAAAAGAAACCUCACAUGGUCUUUGUGCUUUGGGAUGCCUUAAUCUAAAAGGAGACAGUAGAAAUCACUAACUUUAUUUUUAAGUGUCACCAAAAUGUAGGUAAACUGUACCCAAAAGUUCUGCUUCAUUUUUAAUGGUAGAGACUUAGUAUACAAUAUAGACUAAAACAGUUAAACAGGUGGCAGUUUUUGGUGGGUUAAUUUAAAAGAUACCAAGAUAACAAAGCCCUUGGAAAAAUUCUACAUCAUUAGAAUAGCCAAUUUCUAAAUAUGAUUGAAUAUUGAGGUUAUUAUAGAGAUCAGCAGUUAAAAUACGGCUGGUUGACAUAACACAGAUUCUGUUGAUACUUAGAAAGUUAAGAAUUUGAGAGUAUUGAUUCUCUGCAGAUCUCAUUUGCUCUUUUGAUCCUCUUUGGCAGCAAAAAUGUAAUGAGAAUGUACUAUGAGGGAGUUGCAUUAAAUAUUCGCUGUGUGUACAACCCUGAAUAUAUUUCCUCUUUUGAGCUAUUGUUAUUACUUAAUAACUACCUUAAAAAGGAAUAUAUUUUUAGCUAUAUGUUUCAUCAAAAUAUAAAAGGCCUAACAAAAAACAUACAUAAAAGUUAAUAAAAUAUGCAUCACUCAGAUUAGUGCUUUAAUUAUUUAAAUUGUUCAGAUGUAACUAAUGAGCUCCAUAGAACCCAUGUGUCACAGUUCCAUUGGAGAUGCCUUCUGGAAAUUUUACAUCUUAUGAUUCCUGGGCUAGGUUUAUGCAGUAGAUUUGUACAGUGGUUAGUCUAUACAUUUGGGGUUUCUGAAACGCAAAACAGAAAUGGCCCAAAUCGAUAAAGUGUAAUUAGAUCAGGGCUUCUUAAUGGGGUGAUUCCCCUCCCCCAUCUGGUGACACUUGGCAAUGUCUGGAGACAUUUUUGAUUGUCAUGAUUUGGAGGGUGCUGCCAGCAUCUAGUGGAGAGAGGCCCGGGAUCCUGCUAAUCAUCCUACAAUGCACAGAGCAGUGCCCCCUGCCCCCUCAACAAAGAAUUCCCCACUUGAAAAUGCCAAUAGUGCCAAAGCUGAGAAACCCUGGAUUAGACCAAAGUGAUAUUUUGAUUGUUCCAUAUUGUCUUCAGUUAAGGAUACACACGCAUGCUCACAUCAUUCAAAGUAGGACUACAAUUUAAUGAGAAUGUUUUCUUAUAGUAGGUUACAGUUUGGCAUUAUUUUAUAGUGAUAAUCCUUAGGUAUGCCAUACAUAUUCCCUUUUCUGUGGUUAGAUAGAUGUAUCUAAACCUAGGAGUUUUGAGUGUCUGUGUGUGUGUACGUGUGUGUAGCAUAAAGUUAUAUAUAUAUAUAUAUCCAUCUUUAUUGAAAUAUGUGUUUUCCUAAGUGAGGGUCUUUCUAGAAUUAUCUUUCAGAGUACUCUGGCAUACUCUAUUACUCUUAAGAAGUUGAAUUCUUUUUUAUUUUUUUCAUAUUUACUGGAGUAUAAUUG